AUGUCGACUGAAAUGGAACACAUCGACCGCAAAUCGCUCUACACGAGCCUCGAAGCUCGAAUCGACUACCUCCACAAGUUCCUCGACUUCGAUGACCGAGAUCUGGAAGCACUGGCCUUCGGGUCCAAGUUUGUCAAGGACCUCAUCCCUGCCGUUGUGCACAUCGUCUACAGAAAGCUCCUCCAGUUCGAUAUCACGGCCCGAGCGUUCGAGAUUAGAGAUACGACAUCAGAGGCGCCGUUGCAGAGCGUCUUGGACGAUAACAGCCCUGAGCUUCAAGAGAGGAAGAACUUUUUGAACUCGUACCUUACGAAGAUUUGCUCAGACCAGUCCAAGAUGGCCUUCUGGGAGUACCUAGAUAACGUCGGUGCCAUGCACGUCGGUCUACGAAGAAGCAAGCCCCUCCGCGUCGAGUACAUCCACAUCAGCGCCACCCUCUGCGUGAUACAACACGUCCUCACCGAGUCGAUCCUCUCCCACAGCGUCCUCCCCAUGUCCCGCCGAGUCGCAAUGGUCAAGGCCCUGAGCAAAGUCAUCUGGAUCCAGAACGACCUCUUUGCCAAGUGGUGCGUCCGAGACGGCGAAGAGUUCACCGGAGGUCCCGCAGCAGCCGCGAGGGCGGAUCACCUUGCUUCCGCAGGCGAUGUUCCUUUGAAGGAGUCUGCGGUUUCGACUUGUCCUUUUAGUGGAAUGACGAGCGGUGUUCAGAGCUAG